CUGAGGACUCCAAGGCAGGCACAGGAACCAAUAGGACUACAUCUGAUGUGAUUCGGCUGCCUGCGAGGGGGAACAACCAUUGGCGGAGCAGGUUUCACUGAUGCGAGGCAACCCCAAUUAAUUUCCCCCUCCCCCAAACAUCAGCGCUCGAGCCGCUGCCUUUAUUCCCGUCUACUGCGCAGUACGGAGUACAUGGGCGGGAGUGUUUCGAUCCGCGCUGGCCAGGCCCUCCGACGCUCCGGUGCGGCUGAGAGUUGAAACCGCGAUUCCUAUCGCCUUUCCAGCCCCUCUCCCCCCAGAUAUCCCCAUUCCACUUUCUCUCGCCGGCCAUCUGCACAGCUGCAAUCCCCCAUAUGCGCUCGAGGACAUGCCGCAGUCGCGAGAGUUACCAGAAUGGGUGCCCGAAUGGUACCCGAAGGCGUCAGCACCGGCGAGCGAACCGCGGAAGGACCCGCCCGGCGACGGCCCGGCGACAGAUCCGCCCCACGCUUCGGGCCCCACAGACGACUGCCAAGACACGGCGGCGUCUCCGAGCCAGGCUGCCUCCAUUGAGCUGGAAAACGUCGACGGCUUCAAGCGUGCGCCGCCGAAACAGAUCAUCGUCACGCCGAACCCGGAUAGGACUGUCAAGAGGAAGCUGCGGGGGAUCCAUCUAUUUAUGAUCACGAUCAACGGCACGCUCGGGACGGGCCUCUACUGGCGUGGCGGCCAGAUCCUCGAGCUCGGGGGUCCGCUGGCCGUCCUCCUGUCCUUCUUCCUGGUGGGCCUCCUGUCGUGGGCAGUCAUGCAGUGCAUCACCGAGAUGCUGUGCAUCUGGCCCAUCCCCGGCGCGCUGUCCGUCUACGUCAGCGAGUUCGUCGACGACGAGCUGGGCAUCGCCGUCGGCAUCGCGUACUGGUUUACGUACUCGGUCUCGUUCGCUGCGCUUAUUGCAACCUCGGCCGCUGAGUUUAACUUCUGGCCUGGGGUCGCGGGCAAUAAGGGUAUCGAGGGGGGGAUCAUCUACUUGUGCAUCCCGUUUACUCUUGUUCUCGUGAAUGCGUUUGGGAUUGAGAUAUAUGGCCUGAUUGAGGUAGUCUCGGGCACCAUCAAGCUGCUGUUCCUUGCCGUCAUAAUGAUUGCCUUGAUUGCGAUUAAUCUGGGAGCUGGUCCGAGUGGAAGAGGGUAUCUGGGCGCUCAGUAUUGGAGCUCGCCUACCGCGAUUGACACCGAUGCUGCUAACAACUGGGGCACCGCCUUGCUCAUGUCCAUGUCGAUCGCCACAUUCGCAUACGUCGGGGUCGAGAUCGUCGCAGCCUCGGCCCUAGAAGCAGAAUGGCCCCAGAAGAUCGUCGAAGCCCGAACAAACUCUGACCUAGCCCGGCCCUCCAACGACACGUUGAUCGGGAAGACGGUCAAGUUCUCGGCCAUCUUCAUCUCCGUCCUCGCCACCAUCGCAUACUCCCUCAGCGGCCUUCUUGCCACCUUCGACAUCGCCCGCGACGACUGCCAGCUACCGCGCCUCAGCUGGAUCAACGCGACAGCAACGUCGUGCCAGGCCUCGUCGCCGCCGUCGCCCGAGACCAACACGGCGUCUGCCUUCGUCGCUAUCGCGUACCAGUCGCGGGUCCCGCACCUGGCCGACGUCUUCAACGCCUUCCUCGUCUUCACGUGCCUGACCUGCGCCAACACGAACCUGUACGUCGCGUCGCGCACCCUGUUCGGCCUGACCAGUCGGCUCGACGGCGGGACCGGGCAGCCGUGGGUCUUGCGCUUGCUGGCGUGGUUCGGCAGGACGAAUCAUAGGAAGGUGCCGAUGCGCGCUAUGAUCUUCUCGGCUCUUGCUUUUUGCUGGGUCCCGUUUCUGCAGCUGAGUGGGGGCACAUCUACUGAUACGCCUAUCGGCAUGUUCAUCGAAGUCUUGGCCGAGAUGGGUUCCGUUGGAGUCUUGAUCGUGUGGGCCUGCGAGUGCCUGGCCUUCAUUAGGUAUUACCAUUGCAUCGACCGUCACCGCUCAGUCCUCGAGGCGCAGAAAUUCUCCCAGGUCCGACGCUGGAGCCGGGAGGACUACCAUGACUACCCCUACCGCGGCCACGGGCAGCCGCUGCUGGCCUACGCUGCCUUGGCAGGCUGUCUUUUCAUCCUGGUCGUGGCAAAUGGGACUUCGCUGUGGAAGGGAUUUCAUCCCUUGCCGUUUCUGUCGUCGUAUCUUAUUGUCUUUGUGUUUCUCGGGAUAUGGGCGCUGCUGAAGAUUGUGCGGGGAUCAAAGUGGUCUUUUGUCGACCUGUCCAACCCUCAGAAGGUUGUCAAGAAGCUGCGGGAUCUGCAUGACAUUCGCCAGGGGGCAACAUAGCUCCUUGGUUGCCGUUUGGUGUUGGGAUGGGAGACUUGAGACGGUAUUAUGAUGUCGACGUUGUCGAAUGUAUGGCCGAGUACAUGAUCAAACCCUUUCCGGGACCAAACCACCCUUUCUCGGCCGGGCUAAUAGAUUUGGGCCGAUGGAGACCGCGAGUCAUGAAAUUUGAGGUACAGCCGUAAUUGUCUGCUUUGCUACAGUUACUAAAUUUGAACCCG